UUCCAUUUCCCAUAUUUCAUCUCUCUUCUCUUUCAUUUCUCCAAUAUGGCUGACAAACAACCCCACCUCAACGGCGCCUUCUACGGCCCAGCCGUCCCUCCUCCGGCAAAGACCUACCACCGCCAUGGCCGCGGCCGCGGCUGCGCCUGUUGCCUGUUCACCACCUUUCUCAAGCUCCUCAUCGGCAUAGUCGUGGUGGUUGGUGUAGCGGUGUUGAUAUUAUGGCUCAUAUUCCGUCCCAAUAAGCUCAAAUUCGACGUCAACGGCGCUGAACUCACCCGAUUCAACGUCUCCGGAAACCAACUCCAUUACAACCUCGCUUUAAACCUCACUAUCCGAAACCCCAACAAGCGAAUUGGAGUUUACUACGAUGUCAUCGAAGCUUCCCCAUUUUAUAAAGACCAGAGGCUAAACACCCAGUGGCUGCCGGCGUUCUACCAAGGCCACAAGACCACCACCGUCCUCAGCCCCCACUUUGACGGCCAACAGGUGGUGCUUCUCGCCGGCGAGAAGCUUGCGGAGUUUAACGGUGAGACACUUGCCGGCGUCUUCGACGUCGAUGUGAAGUUCCGUCUCCGGCUAAGGUUGAAAGUCGGCGCCGUGAGGAUUGGGAAUUUCAGGCCAAAGGUUAACUGUGAAUUGAACGUUCCAUUGAAAUCGAAUGCAAACUCCUCUCCUUUCUUUCAAACCACUCGCUGCGAUUUCGAUUUCUGAUUGAAAUCUUUUCGGUUUUGACUCAGUCAACUCUCUGCAGAUUUUUUUGACUGAGUCAACUCUAUACUUAUUCUGAUUUUUUCCUUGAUAUUGUAUUUUAUUUUAUUUUUUUAUUUUAUUGUUUUUGUUUCUAUGUUGAUAUACUUUACGUUUUCUA